AUGACACCAAAUAACCGCAGCCAUGUCCAUCCUACUUCCUUCAUCCUAAUGGGUGUCCCAGGCCUGGAGGCCUCCCACUUUUGGAUCGCAUUCCCUUUCUGCUCCAUGUACAUCCUGGCUGUCCUGGGAAACCUGUUUGUGCUGUUGGUGGUGUGGAUGGAGCCGGGGCUGCACCAGCCCAUGUACCUCUUCCUCUGUAUGCUCUCUGCCCUUGACUUGGUUCUCUGCACCUCCACAGUGCCCAGGAUGCUUGCUCUCUUUUGGGCAGGAGUGGUGGAGAUCACCUUUGGCGCCUGCGCUACGCAGAUGUUCUUUAUCCACGGCUUUUCUGCGGUGGAGUCAGGCAUUUUGCUGGCCAUGGCUAUCGAUCGUUACGUGGCCAUCUGCCGCCCGUUACACUACGGCACCUUGUUGCCUCUGGGGACUGUGGGCCGUAUGGGUCUGGCCGCCGUGUUGCGGGGUCUGGGGCUCAUGACCCCCAUGACGUGCCUCCUGGGGCGGCUGCGUUACUGCCGCUGGGUGAUCGAGCACUCUUACUGUGAACACAUGGCUAUCGUGAAGCUGGCGUGCGGCAACACAAGGGCUAACAAUGUCUACGGCAUCACUGCUGCGACGCUGGUGGUGGGCACCGACUCCAUCUGCAUCGCCAUCUCUUAUGCUCUCAUCCUGCGAGCCGUGCUGGCGCUUUCCUCCAAGGAGGCUCGGGCCAAGACCUUCGGAACUUGUGGUUCCCACCUGGGUGUCAUCUUGCUUUUUUACACUCCGGGUCUUUUUUCUUUUUAUACACAGAGGUUUGGUCAGCACGUGCCACACCAUGUGCAUAUACUCUUGGCUGAUCUAUACCUUGUGGUGCCCCCUAUGUUGAACCCCAUUAUUUAUGGGAUGAAGACCAAACAGAUUCGGGAUGGAGCCCUGCGACUGCUACAGAGGCGCCCAGCUUAGGGCUAAAAUCAUUCUCAAGGGGAGAUCACCGCUCUGCUCUCAUUGCCUGGUCUAAGACCAACUAGAGACAUAAGACUCCAUGUCUAAAGGGGAGAUGUGGCCUGUGCUCAUGGGGAAAAAAACAAAGAUA